AUGGGAGCGAAAAAGUCCAAGCCCCCAAACACGGAUCCGCCUCCGAUGGAAGAGGUCCGAACUACGAAAGGCGUUCCCGGAGCUGAGAACUGUGGAGACGGACCCAAGGCCAAGGAGAUGGGCGUUUAUCGGAUGGUCGACAUGCACGGCGGGGGGACUCUGAUGCGAUUGGCUAGGUGAUUGGGAUAGAAUGAAGAAACUAAAUAUUUGAUGUUUCUUCAAGAAGAUCUGGCAAAGAGGUCAUUUCACUUUGCUUUCGGGAACCUUUUAAAAAUUGGCCAGAACGCUUCUUGAAGUACCAAAUUAAGGUCCUGAACAUCCUAACAUGCAAAACUUCUUAUUUUUUAAGGAAUAAGGGCUAAAACCUCGAAAAUGGUCCUUUUGACGAACUUUGAAGCUUUUCCUUGACCAAAACUAGGAAGUUGUGCAGAUUUAGACUUCAGAAUCUUUUUGUUUUUAUAGGAGUGUUCUGGCCAGUUCUCAGGAAGUUUCCAACCAAAAAGUUAAUUUACCCCCUCCCUCUGUGAGGGACCGAAGGGGGAGAAGAAGAAAUUUCGGGAAACUGGUCCAUGGCUUUUUUUUGAUAAAUUCUCUCGUUUUGAAGUGUUUUCUAUAAACCAGUUUUUCUGCCUAAUCAUGUUAAAAUUUGUCACUUUAACACACGUUAUCUGAGAUUUCCGAAAAUCUCUUCGUACUAAAAUUUCAAGUUUCAUUUCUGGAGCCUGGUAUCGAUGUCCCAGAUACUGGACAACAUUCUUAACUCAAACCGCCGGUUUUUUAGAAGCUCCGCCCACUUUCGGGCUUAUGGUAGGCAAAAUACCGAAAAGCUUACUUUUUUCCUAGUGGAGCAAAUUGGUUCGAAAAAGUUUCUACGUAGAAAAAAUGUUCUUUCGAUCAUUUUUAGUGUUGAAAGUUACUCCGAAAAAAUUUCUUCCAGCUUAAAAAAUUGAAAAAACUUGAAAAAUGACGAUUUUUCAAACCCUUGAGCUGUACUAGGUCAAGAGCCCCCCGGCGGGCAUGAAAUUUCCUCUCUCAUUCGACUCAUUGUGACCCUGGGAGUAUGAAAAAAAUAAUCAUGUUAGAACACAUAAACAUAUAAGAAAAUAGGAUGACCAUUUAGUUUUAAAAGAGCUUCAGAUAGGGAAAGUAAAAGUGUUUCUCUCUCAAUUUUUCCAUGUAUAUUUCAUCAGACAACGAUUCCUAGAAUUAAUAAGGUCAAGGCUCUAAAAUUUUCCAAGAAAAGUCUCUUUACGGUUGGAUUAUACUAGGAGAAGUGUAGCCAUACGGAAGAGAAGGAAUUAUAAUUCUGCAAACAUUUUCUUACCUUUUUCAGAUGUUACACUUGUGAGUCAGAUAUGAUUCAGAGAGAAAAAAAAUCAAUUCAAGAAUUAAUUUUUCUAGUUUUAAGUAAGAAUUACAAGAAGUAAGUUACUUGAAAAAUACUAGAUUUUUGAGAUGAUGAAAAUAGUUGAGGUUACAGAUUCAAAAAUUGUAGAACCUUUAGACCGAAGUUUGAACAAUUUAUUAAAGCAGAAAAAUUUGAAGACAGUGCAAAGAGAUUGGAGACGUCGCAAUGCUGGACGCCUACAUCGAACGCGAAUGCAAGCCGUUCUUGUACAAUGCCGGAAAAGGCAAACUGAUGCCCGUGGCCGAGCUGGUCAAGCUUCGGAAUGAGGUGAAGGGAAAAAUAGGAAGAUGACUGUAGAGAACAAAAAUUUAUCUUUUUAUGUUUCUUCUAGCAAAAAUGUUUUUCCAGUCCCUGGAUGAUUAAACUUUGCUAAAUUGUACUUUGAAACUCCUGAUUCCGAAACAAGAAAAGCGAUUUUUUGCGACAGAUCUUGUUCACUAUUUUCGACUUUUUAAAGUCCACAAACUACAAAAAAACGGGAGAAACGUUAUUGGAACCUUUAGCUGUGCACUUUAGGACUUUAGGACUCCCGAACAAGUGAAAUAUUUUGGAACAGGCCCCUCUUUUAGUUAGGAACCUUCAAAACUACAAAAAAAAAAUUGAAGAAAAGGUAAUUUGAUUACUUUCUUCACCUCCUUAAUUUCGAUUUUGUUCAUUUUUCAAAAUCUUCAACAAAAAUAAUGAAAAUGUCGCUGAAAAAGUAUUUUGAAGAUCCUUUUUUCAAAACUUCUUUUUUGAGUCAUUUUGGGCUUUGCCCAUGAAAGCUUCACCUCUUUUGACUAUCAUUUUGUCAAAAGUUUUAAAAGUGGAAAGGCCAGAAUGCUUGAUGUUUGAAAUGUGACACGCGUUCCUUUUGAAGGAUAUUCUAGAAAAUAUUUGAGACGUUCGGGCACAAGGAUUUGUUUCAAAAGAAAAAAAAAAUGCAUGAAAAAUUUCAUUGAAGUGAAUGUGACUAAAAUCAUCAGCUAUUUAGGAGCUUGCUGAAACAUGGCGGAUCCAAAGGAUUCAGAACAGAAAUGAGGAAAAAAGAGAAAAUUGAGUUUGACAGGAUUGGAUGCACAAUAAUUUCUGAACGAGUCCAAAUUGGGAAUCACAUGAAAAAAAAGAAGCUUUGAAGUUCUCGAAAUCAUUCUUUUCUUAAUGAAAUUUAGAAAGAUGUUCUCUGAUAUACAUCAAUUUUCAUUGCAUAAGAAACCAAAAAUUGUCCUGAACUGCAAAAAAAUGUUUAGAAUAAUAUUUGAACUGAAAUUCUUGAGGAAAUAGAUGAAGAUUUGAAGAAAUUUUAAUUAAAUUAUAUUUUUUUUGCGUUUUUCUCAAUGAAAUUUUUGGAGUUGAAGGUUGAAAUAAUAUGUUUUUUUAGAUAGGUAUUUUUUUACAAAUUAAGAAAAGAAAAUAGUUCUGUAAAAUUUUCAUCUUCGACAAUUCAAAAUAAUAGCCGUAAUCCAGGAGCGAAACGCGAAAUUGAGCGCUUUCUCACGAAAAAAAGGCAAAGGAAAAAGUGGGCCGAACAUUUUGGACAAUUUGGGCGAGGAGCAGGCCGGAAACGCCGGCGAUUUGAAGAAAGGUUCGUUUUUUUCAGGAGAGUUGAGACGAAAAAGGUGGGAUUUCCAGCACUGAAACUUCUUGAUGGGGGUGGUAAAGGCGGAAAAUCCGAGUCCAAGUACAGGGAGAUCUGCUGGAAGCUCGAUGAAAGGGGUAAGGAUAGAAACGCUGAAAAACGUUAAAAAUAUAUUAGUUAGCCAAAUUUCGUUCAUAACUCUGUAUAACGAGUUUUAUUGAGAAAAAGAAAUUUUACUCAAGUUGAAUUAAAAAAAUCAUUCUCUUUCAAAAAAUACAAAGUUUGAAACAGCAAAGAAAGAUGAAAGAAGGCGAAAAAUAGCCUUCUAAAGCCGAGCUUUUAUGCUCCAUUGAAAAUUUUUUUCAUAAAAGUAAUGUUCAACUUCAAAAAAAUGAAGAGGAUAAUUUUAAAAAUGUGUUGGUAUGAAAAAUAAGAAAAUUUUAAAAGACGGGAAUAAAAAUAGCUCAUAGAAACCGAGCUUCUGCGCUCCAAGGUUAAUUUUUCGAGAAAUUUCGAAUUUUGUGUAAUAUUUCAGUGCAUUUUUUAUUUUUCAAGAAAUUUAAAAGCUGAAGAUGUAGUGAGAAAAUUGAUUAAUUUUGUUCAAUAGAAAAUUUUCCUUUUUUGAAACUUUUUAUAGCCUCUCUGGUUUUCUCCGGGUUUACAGAGUUUUUUUUAGAAGCCAAGCUUUCAAUUGUUCUAUGAAAAUCUCAAUAAAUAAGUUCAAAUUGUUCGAUCAAAAAAAGAUGAGCGAAUAAAUAUGGAAAGUCGAUUUCGAAACCGUUUCCGCUCUAGACGAAAAAAAAGUAACUUCCUACUCGUCUGGAAGGUAUCCAAUAUCAUUUGUCCAAGCUUGGAGAUAAGUGGAAAAGUAAAUAAAUAAUGGACGAGAAUGAAUUUGUAAACAGGUCUUUGAGGAAAAUGAGCAUGGACAAUUGGUUGGUUAAGGUUCAGAAAAAAAGGUUUGAUGGAGUUUUUUGCAAAAAUCGAAGAAGUUAUAUUUCUAUAUUUUUUUGAAAGUACGAUAGCGGAGAAAAAAAUGAAAAAAAUUGUUCUCGAAAUUGACAAAAAAAUUUCAAGUGCUCCCUUGAGGUGCGCUCUUUUUUGAGCUCGUUUUACGGCGAUAGUCCAUAAAAUGACCACUUUCGGAAAAAUCGGAGAAGUUCCAAUUCUAAACAUCUUUUUGAAAUCACUAUAUCGUAGAGAAAAGAAUAAUUUUUCUCGAAACUGAGAACAAUGGAGUGGUCCCUUGAGGUACGCUCUUCAUCCCUUAAAUGGCCACUUCAACUACUUCCACGGUUUUUUUAUUAGUCAAAAAUUAAAGAAAAUUCUAUCUCAAAAAUUUUUUUCUGAAGCAAUAUUUUGGAGGGAAAUGAUGAGUUAUUGUCAAAUUGAGCAAAAAUAUCAAGCUCUCCUUUUUAUUUUACGCCGAUAGCCCCUUAAAUAACACCUUCUAGAGUCGCUUCUAGAAAUUUUUAGUUAAAAGAGGAGUCUUCUGGUUUUUCCUAUCGCUGUGAAAUUUAUUUUUGGGAUGAAAUAAACAUUUUUCUAGGCACAAUGGGCGAGAAUUUGCUCUGUAUUUGCCUACUGCAAGGCUCCGAAAUGCACAAUUACAUCGGUCGCCGUCUUAUCGCCGCUUUUCCGAAGCUCGUCAACGAUAUUUGCACCUCGGAGGAUUAUUAUGGUUCAGAAAAAAUCAUUUUUCCGAAACUUUAUUGUGAUUUUAUUAGGAUUAUCACCCCUACACGUGGCUAUUGUCAACCAGGACGCCGAAUUCGCCAGUCAUUUACUUAGAAAAGGCGCUGAAGUUAAUCAGAGGUAUAUGUUCGAGAAAAUGAAGGAAAAUGGGAGAAUUUAGCAGAGAAAAAAAAUCUAGUUCAUUUCUCAAAAUUGAAGGUUCCAGAUACUGAGAAAGUAGGAGAUGGAAAAUGUUUUUUCAAGUUUUUCUUAUUGCCGUCUUUUUUCAAAAUAAGGUUAGGCCUAGGCCUAAAAGCUUGAUAUUUAAUUGCCGCAAGUAGGAACGCUGGAUGGUAAAGCGCUUGCGUGAGUUUUCGCCCGACUUGAAACGACUUUCGCGCGUUGAGACAUCGAAACCCGGUCGGAAAGCUUCUAGUACGUUUAAGGCAUUUUAUGCCGAGAUAGUUCUUGCGGGGCCUAAUUUUUUUCUCUUUCAAAACAUUUUUGAUAAUUCUUUAGGGAGAGCGGUUAUAAUAUUUAUUGUACACGAGGCCACAAGAAAAAAUGAGAAGGUCCGUGUGCACCCUAACGAGUACACUUUGACCAAAUACCAGUACUUAAAAAAAUAAUUCACUCAUAGGAUCCGGCUAUGAUAAACUCUAAAAAACUUUUUUCCAGCCAAAAGAAGGAGGAAAGCAAAAUAUUGAUCAUAAUCAAGUUUAAACUGUUUUCAAAAAGCUUUUUCUUAGAAACCUAUGGAGUUUAGAAGAUAAUCUCUCUCGUUUCCAAGUAAUCUUACCCGGGUCUAUAAGCCACCAAAGUUUCAACUCGAAACGCGUACCCGAGUCCGAGUAGUUUCCUAGUCAGAUGUGACUUUAUUCCAAAUAUGAUCAAUGUUUGAAAAAAAGUUGUUAUAAAACUGACCUUGAGUCCGCAGCCGAAGUGGAUUUCGUGAAGAGUUGGUUCGUAUGACAAAGGGAGCAAUGGAAGGAAAAUGAUCAGAUUUUGUGAAUUGUGAGAAUGUCAGCAAUAAUUAUACUUGUGCAAGUAAAGAACUCAAUCCGUACGGGAGGAGGGGUCGACUUACAAAAAAAGUUGAAAAAAAUUAGGUAUAAAAAAAUAAUUUUUUUAAGCCAGGGAGGUAGUAAUGACAUAAGUAAAAUUAAUUUUUUUAACUUAAGGAGGUAGUAUUUGCUUCAAUUUCGGAAGACUCGGGAGGAGGGGUCAACGGACUUAAAAAUGGUCUGCCCAUGUAUGGCAAUAAUACGUCUUUUGGAACAGGAUGACUUUUUUUAAUAUAAAAAUAACAUACCAUCAUCAUUUAUUCGAUAAGAAUAAUAAUACAGUUCAAGAGCCGAAAAGACCUCUAACAGAACCAAUCUUCAGAAAGGGAAAUUUAAACAUUGAAAACAGCAACAAACCGUUUAAAAAUUAGAAGAUAUUUUAAGAAAGUCAACGAGAAGAUGGGGGUUGUUUUCUAAAUAUAUUUUGAAUCGCAUAGAAUCAUUACAUAGAUCAAACACAACAUCGGGAAGGGAGUUCCAAACAUUAAUUAUUCUGAUACUAAAAAACGAGGCAACGAUGUUACUAUUAUGUCUUAUAUUUGAACGUAAAUAAUAACGAUGGCGACGCAGCGCACGGACACGGGGGAAAAGUAAGAGACUAUCGAAAUCAAUGGGGACUUCUCUAAGUACAAUUUUAUAAACAAGAGACAUGUCAAAAAUGAGGCGUCUUGUCUCAAGAGUUUUGAGACUAUUUUCAGAUAAACAAGUGAACAUAGGGAUGAUGUUUGAAAAAUAACAAAUAACAAAGUUGGACGCAUUUUAUUUGCACGCAAAAACUAAUCAACUCUAACAAGGAAAACAUUUUACGCCUAAUGAAAAUCAACCCUUAUGAAUUUAUUUGAGUUUUCGAUGAAACUGGAAAGAUAUCAAAAAAGUUCUUCAAAAACUUUCAGGUGCUACGGAGCAUUUUUCUGUGCCGAGGACCAGAAAGCAAGUCGGACGGACAGUUUGGAGCACGAAUAUGUCGAACUGAGCCCAAGGACUAGUUAUACUGGGUAUGGUGAUCUAGUAGAAAAAAAUAACAAAAAAAGGUCAUGAAAAUUUAAGUCAUUUGAUUUUUUAAUUAAAUGCGCAUCGUGAAUAGUGUCUGACCAGUCUGCGCCCUCUUUUCCCUCUUCGGCGAGAUGAUAGGAACAGGAAGAGGGAAGAAAGCGCUAGAGAAAUCAGACUGCUUCGAGUCAGAGAUGAAUGGACAAAACCUUCAGAUCAAUGUACUUUGGCGAAUAUCCACUAUCUUUCGCCGUCUGCAUGAACCAUAUGGACAUGUUCCGAAUGUUGAUGGCCAAAAAAGCGAAUCUCAACGCCCAGGACACCAAUGGCAACACUGUCCUUCAUCUCUGUGUGAUCCACGAAAAUUCGGUAAUUUUUGGGUCAUGGAACGGUUUGAAAAACCUUCUCAAGCACUGGUUAUGUAAGCUGGACGUUUCUGAGCAAAAUCUAUGGAUAACGUUUGCUUCUUAGGCGCACUUAAGGGAUCACUAAACGACUCAAGAAUGUUCAAUUCACCCUUAAAGGAUCAUUAAAGGACUCAGGAACGUCUAGUUUACGCUUUAAAGACCACUAAAUGACUCAGAAACGUCCAAUUUAUACUUAAGAGACUACUAAAUGACGCAGGAAUGUCCAGUCCACGCUUAAACGAUCAUUAAAGGACUCAGGAACGUCCAGUUUACAAUUAAGGGAUCACUAAAUAACUCAGGAACGUUUAGUUUUCGUUGUCAUCGUUAGGUUCAUGAUUAGCAUCAGAGCGGAAAUGAUGUGAAAAAAUAGACGCUUCUAUGAAAAUUAGGUCUUGGUGGUGAUUUUGAAAAGGUUAAAAGACCAAACUUUUAUAAUCUUUUCGUCAUGCUUCUGAAGCACGUAAAAGAUGCCUUGAAACGCACCCGACCUGAAACGACUCGCGCGUUGAGGGAUCUGACGUCCUAGGCUGCUAAUUUUUGAGACAGCUUAGAGAAUAUUUUCUUGAAUUCCUGACAAUGUAGGUCCUAAAAGUCAUCCAGAGCACUUAUUGAUAUUCCUGAAAGCCACUGCUGCACAACUUUUCAGUUUUUGAGAGAGGAAACUUCAAAAUUCGUUAAAUUAAACCAUUUUUUAGGUUUUGUGGCCUUUUUUUGUCAUAAAAUAGGAAGUUGUGCAAGUUGAGACUUUCAGGCUCUUAAUAUGGUACAUCCAAAGUUGAAAUUCCCAAUCGCAAAGUAAAAGAACCUUCCCUGUGAGACUAAUCAAAGUACCCAUGUCAUUUUUCAAUUCAGCAGAGAAUCUCUUUGAAGACUGAAAAAAAGUUUAAAGUUAUGAAAAGAAGGAAGUUUUAAGGACAUGCUGGACGCCUGCCUCGAAUUCGGAGCCAAUUUGAAGAUUGCCAACAAACAGAACUUGACUCCUUUGACCUUGGCGGCCAGACUCGCAAAGAAGACUGUAAGAGACUUGGGGAAGUCAUUUUACAAGAGACUCUAGAGUUUUCUGAAGAUUUAAUCAAGCAAUAUCCAGUCUAUUAGACGAAUACUUUGAAAGGUUCAAAUUGAAAAAUUAUCUAUUUUUUUCGAGGAGUUCAAACUCAAAUAUUCAGAGUGGCCCGGCAACUGUUUAUGAGUCGGUUUUGACAUUGAUGGGUAUUUUGUGAACCCUGAAAGUUAUCAAAGAGUAUUUCAGUUAAUUCUAGAGUCCAAAGUGGUGAGAAGACUUUCCUGGUGCGGGAGAAGAAAUUAUUCAGAUGUUCGACAAGAUCCUGCAGCUGGAAUGCGAGAAAGUGUGGACCUACGGCGGCUCCAGAUGCAUUGCUUAUCCGCUGACCAAGAUCGACACGAUCGAUGAACUUAGCGGGGAGAUGAACGAGCAGAGCGCCUUGUCUCUCGUCGUUUAUGGGGUUUUUAUAACCUAUUUGAACCUUUUUAAGGCUAUGGACACUUCAUUUGAAAGUUUAUCACAGCAGAAUGAAUUCAGAGAGAAAACUCCUAGAAAAAAUUCAAAGACCGAAAAAAAUAGUUAGCUCACUUGAAUAUUUUGAGAGCUGAAAAUGAAAAAGACGGAAGUAAAAGAAAAUUAUUUACAUCGUUGCCAUUGCAGCAUGCGAAAAAGUUAGGUCAAAACAUUUUUUCAUCGUUGGGAAUUCGGAAAUCAGCGUCUCUCAUUUGACUACUUUGAAGUUUCUGAGAAGACUGAAUCGGAAUUGAAAAAAAAGGCUUUUACUGAAUAGUUGCUUCUGGCGAGCUUUCAGAUACCCCUAAGGGUACACUUCAAAGUUCUAAGGUACAAUUUUUGAGCUUUACAAGGAAGAUUGAUAAUUUGAAAAAAAAAAUUUGAAGUUCCAGACAUAGUUUGCUCAUCAAUGCCAUGAAUACCUGCCUUUUUCAUGGCUUCAGAUUAAGAAAAAAAAAACUGGACGUGUAAAGUUCAUUUUACGUAGAAAUUUGGGCGUUAGGAGUGUGUUUUGAAAUGAGAGUCAACAAAAUGAGGAAGAAAGAGCCCAAAAUUCGGCUUUUUUGAAGCUUCAACCUCUGAAAUUUGUAAAGUUCCUUUCAGUUUGGCUUUUUAAUCUACCAGUUUUGUAAAAUGGAAUCGAAUCUGAAACUCUGCGGAGUUUGCUUAACAAGUUUUGGCUCGAAAAAUAACAAAAAAAUAAAUAUUAAAAAAACCUUUUUAAAAACAGUCGAGAAAAUUUGGUUUUUUUUUUUCGAACUUUUUCCACUUUUAAUUCGUAAGAAAUCUGCACUUCGGUUUCCUUGGUUCCUAAUAGAGGUUUCACGUAAAAAAAAUAUUCUUCGAUUCUCUGAUUUCAAUACGUACUGACACAUUCACUGGUUAAUAAUAAUAAUUUAUUCACAGAUCAGUGUGAACCCCAACGAGUUCACUUCGAUCUACAAUUUAAAUGAGGAAAGAAAAAAAGUUGAAGUAAAAAACAAAAAAUUGAGAUCAGUAAAGUCUUGGUGGAAUAGAGGUAAAAAAUUCGUUGCGAGGUAAAACGACCAAUAAUUUUUUCAAAGAAUUAGGUGGAAGUGUGAACUGAUAUUUGGAUGUAAGUUUAUUCCAAAUAGGAAUCGUUUUGAAAAAAAAGUUGUUAGAAAACUGACCUUGAGAACGUAGCCGAAGUGGAUUUCGCCUUAAAUUGGAUCUGAGGGCAAAAUUUUCGAAUUGAGGAAAGUGAUCAUGACCAGAAACAAUUUUUUGGAGAGUGAGGAGAUCAGAAAUAACUCGUCUAAUGUACAGUGGGGUUUGUUGAAAUUGCUCUAGACGAUCUGGUUACCUUGGUUUUCUAACUUGAAAAUUUUCUUAACUUAAAUAAGACUUUUUUGAGCUCCCAGUGAGGUCUGCAUUCCCGUUACCUUGGCUCCUGAUGAAAUUGAAAAAAUUUCAGGAAACCAACGAGCAUUUGGAGCUGAUGGACGGUCUCAUUGAGAAGAUUCUAGACGAGAAAUGGGCAUCGUAUGGAAAAAAUUUGUCAGUUGAAGUUUAGAAAAAAAAAGCAGUGGAAAAAUAAUAUUUUAUCUGAAUAUUUUUGUGAAAAAAUGUUGUGGUCUUAUCCAGAAAAAAGCUAAGGUUUAGAAAGAUCGAGAGCAUUUAUUUUCGCACGUUUUCUGUAAAAAAAAGAGAAAAAAAAAUAAUAAAAUUAGGAUUUUGACACGAAAGCAGUGAAAAAAUCAUUUUUUUUAGUCCGCCAUAUUCAAAGGCUCAAUGAUUAAAAAAACUUUUUAACGUAUUUUUGUGUGAAAAAAUGCCUAAUUUAAGUAAGCCUAAUUCAAAAGUCCCACAGGUUCAGAUCCCUGUGAAAAACAUUAUUUUUUCACUUUUUUGGAGGAAAAAUGUGAGUUUCGACAUGAAAAUUGGAAAGAAUCAUGGGGUUUUCAGCUAAUUCGACGGCCUUAAUGACUGAGGGAGUUCAGAAAGUUCAUUUUGCGCUUCUUUCGGAAAAAAGGAAAGUUUUGAAAGGAAAAUUGAAGAUGGUUACGGUCGCUGUUGGGGUUCAUGUUCUACUACGUUUCCUUCACCGCCGCCUACAUGCUUCGCCCGUCUUCGGCUACGACGGAAGUAAAGAUUUGAAGUUUCAAAGUAGAAAGAUUGAAAAAUGGCACUUGUGCCGCACAAGAAGCUGCAGAGCGCAAAGAAGUGUGGGAAUUCCGGGGGACUGAAGAGUAGAAAUCCGGGUAUUUAUAGAUUUUUAAAGAGGUUCUAGAAACAAGUUGCGGAGUUUUGGAACAAAUGGCAAAAAUUAUAGCUUGAAAAGAAGUGUCUGAAUUUUCUAGAUUUUGAUAGUAACAAAUUUUAGAUUCACAACUUUAUUGAAAAGUUUAAAAGGCAUGAAAAUUGGAGUGAAAAAUUGGUUAAAAUGGAGAAAAAGUUUUUUGACGUGGAAAAAAAUGCGAAGAAAAGUUAUUUUAAAAAAAGCUUUUUCGUUCUUUUUUGGAAUUCUUUAAGCUUUUUUCCAUGUAGACGCAAUAUUCGGCCCAGAAAACAAUAAAUAACAACCAGACAAUAUGAUCCAAUUAUCGCCCCCAUAAUUAUUUUGAGAAGUUCAAUGUGAUCUUUCAAAACUUCCUGCGCACGUCAUCCAUUUUCAGCACAUUACUCACGGACUCAUCACUGAAAUGGGCGACCCGGCCUAUGGCUACACCGAAGACACGCCCAAGAACUACACUGUCAAUUGGAGUAAUCAUGAGAUUUUCUUGAAAAUGGGGUUUAUUGGGAUCGUUUCAGACACAGCCGAUACUCAAUGUCAUCUGAUGUCUUAUGGCGAAUGGCCCUGGUACUAUGGAUGGGUAAUUUUGAAAAUUUCAACGCUUUUCUCGUAAAAUGUGUUAUAGUCCGUUUUUCGUGACUUGUAAGGGCGGGACUUCUCUGCGCCCUCCUUAUCUCUCGACGUCUCUCUCAUGUUUACGUGUUAUUCCCAUGUUUCUCUGACCUGAGGGAACAGAGAGACGCAGACAGUCGGAAACUGUCAAUUUGCGGAGGACGGACUAUAUAGUCUGUUCUGAUUUUGAAUGUCGAAUAAAAUGACGUCACGCUCCGUGGAUGACCUCUGAUUGAUUUAUCAUACCAUUAGGGGCGGAGCUUGAGCGACGACUUGAUAUUCAAAAUCUGAACAGACUUGCUUUCGAACUUCAUAAAUGCCUUUUUUACGUAGAAAAUAUUCAAAAGUUUCUCCAGAUCUUGAAAAAAUAAAAUACUUCUCGAAAUUCAUAUCUCAAAAACCUCAAUUUUGGCGAAUACGAAGAAUCUUUGCCUAGGCCAUCAGAGAGUGUUUGAGCGAUCUAUCGAAAUUUCCAAACUGAAAUGAAAACUUUGUAAGAAUAAAAAAAUAUCCCCGCUGUCCAAGGACAGUCUAAGAAUUGUAUCGGAAAUCAGGCUCAAUUUGAAUUAUGUAAGGCCAUUUUCUGAAAAUAUGACCGUAUCGAAAAAAUAUACAUUUUUGAAAUUCAGAUGCGGCUCGCUUGCGAGCUUCUUACGGUCGUCGCAACGAUUGUUCAAGUUGUCUUUGACAUGGGCGACGUGAAACGAAUCGGCUUCCAGAAGUGGUUCAAGUUCCUGGUGCGUUAAAUGUUCUGUAGAAAUCGCUGAGAAGAAUCUUUUGAAACUUUGAAAAAAUUAUUCCAGUCGUGUUUUCGAGCUUUAGACUGAGCAAUAGUGUCCAAAAGAAUAAGUUUCGGAAAUUCGGCCCAAUAAUUACGGGAAUAUGUGCUCCACGGAGAAAGUCUGCUAACAAUAAAUUCCAAAAACGAUGCUUCGAAGUUUAUCUGCAAUUUUCAAGUCCGGAUUGUAAAUUUAUUGAAAAAGUGACUUUGAAAAUCAUUUUUGGAGUUUUUUUUUCAAAAAAAAAGAAGAUGGAUUGACUUCCUUGCAGCCGAACGUAAAAUCAUGUUUUUUUUUAUAGACGUUUCAAGUUUUUCAAACGGAAAAUCCGUAUCACCUCUUAGGAACUCCGAAGUGGUUUCUAUAGGGGCUACCUUAGAGGCGCUUAAAGGGUUCCUUUUAGACCACUUUAACACCCCUAUAGGUGGCCCUUCAAAAAAAGGGCCCCUAUAGGGGACAUGCUGGGCGAUGCUUAUUGUCAAUACCCAUAUAGGGACCACUAUAGGGGCUUUUUUUCUUCCUAGUCCUCAUGGGGACCUCUCUGGAAUUCUUAAAAAGUCUGAACUACUUUUCGACAUGAACAAAUUGCAGAAAGCCUUUCCCGCCAAACUGAUGUACAAAUGUUCGUUUCUCUUCGUUUUGCUCAUGAUCCCGUCGAGAUUGGCUUGUGGCUUGCAUGAGGUGAAUAGAUGAAGAAAAAAAAAAUCAGAAAAUAAUUUUUUUGCCCAGAACUUCUUGACGAUCGACAACACUCUGGCAAUCGUUAGCGUUCUGCUGGUUACUCUUCACUUUUUGUAUUAUUGCAGGUUAUAAAUUCAACUUUUUUCUGUAUAAUCCCUCAAAAAUUGAUGAAAAAAAAAAAUCGUUUUUCAUUUUUUCUUUGUGUAAAAGCUCAAUUUCGAAUUAUCUCAUGAAAUCUCUGCUUCAUUAUUAUAAAAAAAUCACCCUUUCUAAUUAUUGAAAAAAACUGAAAACUUUGAUUUUUCAGAGCAAUUCCAUUUGUCGGACCGUUUGUCUUGAUGGUUUACACUAUAAUCACCACUGAUUUGGUCCGAUUUGCGAUGAUUUAUUCGAUUUUCCUGAUCGGAUUCUCUCAAUGUGAAUAUUCUCGGCUUUUUCUCGAGUAAAUCGAUCUUUUCUGAAGCUUUCUACGUGAUCUUCACGUCUUGCGAACGAGCGGCUAAGGUCUUGAACAGAAAUAACCCCGGGGCUUCUGAGUUUACCAAUAUUAUGGAGGUUUCUCUGUAUUUUUUCGAGCUCCAAAUUAAUUUUGCACUGUGCAGAACCCAAUCGACGCACUUUUGCGGACUUUUAUCAUGACGAUCGGCGAAUUUUCGGUUUUGUACAGGGAAAUGGCCGCCUGUGACGCUAGUUUGAUGCGAAAUUUGGGAAAAGUUUGACUUUUUUUCUUGAUCAUAUAAUUAUUGCUUUUUUGUUAUGAAGUACAGGAAUUUUUUGGGUCAAAGAAUUAUUAUUAUUUUUUUCAUAUGGGCUCUGAACCACAAAAAUCUCGUCAUUUCGAUAGCGAGAUUUAUAGUUUUUUUAUCAUUUUUUUCCAAGAAAAAAAUUUAAAAAGAUUUCCGUCUUUCUUGGUUCUUCCAAUAAAAAAAGAAAUUAAAAAAACAACUGAAUUUUUUUCAGAUAAUGUUCCUGAUUUUCGAGACUUUCGUCUCAAUUUUGCAGUUCAAUCUACUGAUCGCCAUGAUGACAAGGACUUACGAGACCAUUUUCCUGACGCAAAAGGAGUGGAAACGACAGGUAAAAAAUAAAAUAGUCAAAAUAGUCAAAAAACAGUCCUAGUACUUUUUCACAGCUUUUUGGUGGACAGCUUCAUUAAAAAAUGAAAUAAAAAUGGUCGAAAGAAAACUUUCCUGGUACUUUUUCAAAAAUUUCUGUUAGAAUGACCUUAUUCCAAAGAUAAAGAGGGUGUUGAAAAUAGAAAUACCAAAAAAAAGUUAGGAAAGAUGUUACUAGAAAGCCAAAAAUGGAUAUUUUACUUGGAAGGCUGGUAAAAAAAAACAAGUUUUUCAAAAAGUUCUUAAGACCCAUAGACAUUAAAAACUUCGAUUCAAUUUUGACGUUCAAAAAAUUUCCUUUUAAAUGUCCCUAUGUAGACUGAUUUUUGCUAAAACUUCAAAAAAUAACCCUAAAAAAGGCUUCCCCUAAAGUAUAUUUUUUUAAAAAUGGAGUUACCAUAAAAAAUUUUUUUGAUCAUUUUGUCUUAAGUGGGCCCAAGUGAUCUUGAUGUUGGAAAUGUCGCUGUCGCCGGAAUCGCGACGAAUGCACCUUCUACAGUACUCCAGGCCUACUGGAACCAAUAAGAGAGUUCGCAGUUACGUGGUUGUCAGUCGUGGCCAGGUAAUUUUCUUAUUUUCGUUAUUGCAAGGUUUUUUGAACUGGGUCUUUAUGUUCAUUCAUUUUUGUUAUAAGCCUUCUCAACUUGUCUUUCAUAUCUUGUUAAAUUGCCUCCAAAAAAUUGACUUAUUUUGAAUUCCCAUGUAGUUGAUUGGGUCUACUUGUUGAACUUCGCAACGGAAUCGAAGAGGAACACCAACACGAUAUUUCCAGGGAGAAAAGACGGAGAUGGAGGAAUUGGCGGCGAGAGAGGCCAAGGAAGAGAAACGACGAGAAGAACGCCGACAGUUGCUCAAGAAGAAGCAGAGGGUCCUGAUUUCUCUUCAUUUUUGGGAAAUUAUCAGUUGAAAGGGUCCUGACACGAUGAUCAGUUGAUAGGCUUGUAAAAUUUUGGAUGUUUCUUCGAUCAAUUAGUUAUACCUAGUAUCCAGAGAAGCAUGUUUCAAAGUUCAUAUAUUGAGUCCUAGAUCUUCAAAAUUUUAUUAAGAUGGAAACCGAAAGAUUAUAAGGUUACAUGAUAUUUUCUGUAGGAGAAAAAAAUUCAUGCUAUUUUUGAAAGAACAAAUUUCACGUUGAUCCAUCAUUUUAACUUCCUAUAGAAGAAAUUGCAAUAAUCUCUGGGGUUCUUUGAAAAAAUUAACGAUUUUCAAGACAGUUUGAGCUGUUGAUUUUCACUUUUUCAUUAGCCCAUGCUGUAUUGUGUUGGAAUCUUUAAGCUGUUCGUUUUUCUAUUCAUAGGGGUUUCUUAUAGGAUAGUAGGAUAGUAUACGAGCCAUUUAUUAUUUAUCUGACCUUUUCAGGAGCAAGAAAUGAAGGUGAAGGCUUUGCAAUUGCUCGGCAAGAAGCUCAAAGUCGACAUCACACGGCGAAGAAUCCUCAGACAGUCGACUUUGGGACCGAAUUCCCAUUUUUAAUCCAUUUUCUUGAUUUUCCAUUUUCUUGACAUUGAACUAUACAGUUGAAUUCGUUGAACUCUUAUUAUUUGGCUUUUGAGUUUAUGUUUUGGUAUAUAAAAUUCAAAUGUAAAAUCCUUCGUGACCUGUGGAAGUUUAUUGGUUAUUCAAUUUAUUUUUUUCUUCAAACUCGCUUUUUUUAUUCUUUUUUUGGAACCCUGUGAACUACUGUUGAAUAAAAAAAUCUUUCAAAUUUUGCCGAUUUCCAUUUUUUUGAAUGGUACCUUUCUUUGAGAAGAAAUAUUUUUUUAUUAUGAAGACUUUUUCAGAAAUUUUUGUGUUUUAGCCAGCCAAGACGACGUCAUCGAGGAGGAAAAUUGACAGGUAUUUUUUUAUAAGUUCACUAGGGGCAUUUUUUGAAGGAGCCAAAGAAGAAAAGGUGAACAGUUCUGUCGAAAACAUAAAUUUAGAAAAAAAUUUUUUUCAAAAAUUCUAACAGAACGUUUUUGUUGUGCCCGCAGGCGGCCAGUGAAGACGUUGUAGUAGAAGAUUUAUUAGUAACAAGAAACUAGACUAUGCUAGCCUUUUUACAAUAACAAACAAGGGGCUAUAUAGUGCUGAGGGAAGAGAUCCCGAAGAUCAUGGAAUGUUCUAGAAUUAAGGGGGAGUUUAAAUAGUAUUGAGAUUAGAGGAAAAGAUGGAACAGAGUUUUAGAGAUCUGUCCCGGAAGCAUUAGAACAUUGAGAACAAUGUGGAGCCUUCUAGAAAGGUAGAGAACAAAUGAGAAGAUUGUGGAACUUUCUAGAAGGGAAACCUUUACACAUGAUCCCUAUGACGUAAUGAGACUAGAAAUGUAUAGAAUACUAUAGAACAUUUUAGAAUAAGCUUAAUAUAAGCUUUAUGCUCAACAGUUUUGAAAUCCAGUUCUCUUGAAAAGCCAAAAUCUUGAACAUCAGUUCAAGUUCAACAAACAAAAUCAACAACAAGGAUUUCAUUCAUCGAAUAUUUAUGGAAAAAUGACACAAAAUCGUUCAAAAAAAAAAAAAAUCAUUUUCGAAUGUUCUGCUCUUUCUGUAGUCGUUGAGGAAGAGAUGAAGUCAUCUGUAAAAAUUCCCUUUUUUUUAAAUUUGCAAACGAUUAAUCUUACCUUUUAUGUGGUCUAAUUUUCGUCCGUCGAGCUUUUUCAUAUUUACUGACUUCGUAGAAGACUUCAACUUUCGGAAGAAAAAUGACGUUACCUGUGAAGAUUCACAAAGUUUUUUGAGUCUUCAAAGUUUUUCAACUACCUUUCAUGCGCUAUAAUUGUUUUCGAACGGCUUCUUCGAUUUUUCGUGACGUCAUCAUUUGUUACUUCAUUACGUCAUCCUCUGUAACAAAUCUUUUCAGUUUUCACGCUAUAAUGCGGAGAACGAAAAAGACUUCUUACCUUCUUUUGUUUUCCUUUUGGAUUCUCGGCAGUUGAGAAUAAUGAUGUAGAAUCAGUGGACGGUCUUCAGAAGUUUCCGUGACGUCAUCGGAAUUAUUUUUUCAGAAGUCGUCAUUGCAGUUUUUGAAAACGUGUGGAGUUUUCAGUGCAAUAAGUAAGAAUUUGACGUCAUCUGGCGUAUUCAUCAUAGGCUACAGCUUCUAGAAAGGUAGUCAGAGGUUCAGAAGGAUUCUUGACGUCAUCUGAAGGUUUCUUCAAGUCCAGCGGCAUCUGGGAUGUUUUCAGUAAAGCGAACAUCGUUUGGAGAGCUUCUUGACGGGUUAGAAGACGUCGGAAGUGCCCAGAGAGAUUCGGAAUUUUUUUUGACGUUAGAAGUUGUCAGAAGGCUUUGAAGUCGUCCGGAAGGCUUUUUCAGAUUUUCAAAGGCAGAAGUUGAGUUGAGAUCAAUCAGAAGACGUCAGAAUAGAUCGUGAACGCUUCAGAAGUUUUCCUGGCGUCGUCAGAGGUUUUCGGUUCGAAAAGAAAGACUUCUGUCAAAUCAGAAAACUUUGGAAGCGUCUAGACAGGCGAAUUGAACUCCUGAAGUCUCUUAGACGUCGUCAAAAGGCUAGAAUUCGAGCCAAGAAGAACUGGAAGCCUAGCCAGAAAGUCGAAAGAGCAACAGGUAGAGAAGAAAGAUCAGAAGGUGAAUUCUGCGAAACCGGUUGCUCUUUUAUAGGAGCCGAGCCGGACAGCCGGGUCACGGGUGCGGCAUUUGACACUUGGACGUCAAAGCCGAUUUUGUUUGGCCCAGGACCUGUCAAAAACGCGCGGCUAAUUGUACUGUGAUUCGUGUUGAUUUUAGCCUUUGAUUGGUCACCUUGCGGAAGUGCAGUGAGAAGAGACUUGACAGGGAAGGUCAUUGAAUUCUUCUGGAAAUUGUCGAGAAUGAUCCUUGGGGCCCUUUUUGAAGUUCCAGGAAGUCGCAACUGCGGAAAACACAAGUUUUUGAAAUAGUAAGGCCUAUUUCACUUUUAAAAGAAAAUAUACACACAUAGUUGCGUUAUGAAACUUUACUGGAUCGAUUAACUUAGUUAUUUGAAACUGUUCCGUCGAGUGAACCCUUGAGGGUUGGCGGCGACGGCGGUGACAGCGGCGAGGAGGACGGUUACAAGGAAGGAAAAUUGCAUUUUUCAAUGCCUCAAGAAAGUUUGAAAUUCGGGUUUUUAUAAGAGCGCGGAAAAAUUGAAUUUUGAUGAACUUAUGGGAGAGAAGGUUGCAUCAAAAUUAGAUUUUGGGAAUUAUGGAAUAUUUGAAAUUUACAGUGUACUAAUAUAAUUUUUUUUUUUCGACUUUCCCAACAUCCAAUUUCGAUCCAUAAUUACAGAAAAAGUUGCAAGAUUUUUCUCUGCAAACUUCGCAAAAUUUGAUUUUUUCGAAAUUCGAGAUUACAUUGUAUACGUUUCAAUUCCUGAUUAAAUCUGAAAGUUUUAAGUUUUUGUAUUGGAUACAGAUCGAUUGAACUUUCCUUCAAACAUGCAUUCUUAUAUUUUUAUAAACUACUUCAAGUACUGCACCUUUUCCAACCGAUUGUAAGCGCUGUUUCUCAAACCAACAAAUAAUUUAAAAAUAUCCUAUUUUGAACGUUUUCUCACUAUGGAAAUGGCUGCAAAAUGACUGCAAAAAGGGUGAAAAAGGAGUGUGGGCUUCCGAUUUGAAAAAGGACACCAUCUGUAAAGAUUCAGCAAGUUUUUUUGAGUGUUCUUUUUAACAUCAUAUUCUUCAAAUAGAGUAGAUUACGUGAGUUUCACUUAUCUUAAUAUUCCAAAUUUUAUAGUUUAAAAAAAGUUUUGAGCCUGCGAUAGUGCGUCUUGGUGUUUACACCCUAAGCAACAUAAUUUACGGAACUUUUCGACUGGCGUAUUGAAAUAAAAACGCCGAGUGAAGCUCAUUUCUGGAUAAUUCCGCAGCAGAACUGGAUACGUUUCAAUUCAUUAUUAAAUGAAAAUUAAUGUUUUUGCAGUAAUCUCUAUCUGAUCGUGAUUAGAAUUUGUGAAAUCUUUUACUCAAUGUGAUGGCUGACGGAACUGAGAGUUUUUAGAAAUUUUUUGAUUGUUAGUGCGAAAAAUACUGCUGACUGGUAUCAAACAUUUUCUUUUUACCCCACGUCCUCUGGUAAAGACGAUGAACUGCAGUGAAACGCUGGUACAAGAAUUUCAAGUUUUGUUUUGAGAGUUGAAAUUAUUAUCACAGUUACUAGACAUAAUGGGUAAACUUUUAGGCUAGUUACUGUGAGGCUCCGUCCCCUCACUGGGUUACGGUAGGACCUUUAGUGAAAUUUUCUAACUUUUUUUUUCUAGUUGACGGAUCUACUCCAAACUUGUUUUUUCAAACACAGAGUGACAAAAAUGGCAGUUUUAACCGUAGGAAUUCUUCCAUCUUUUUUUAACCUCUUUUUUUGAGUCCAAAUCAAUCGUGGCGCUUUCGGUCUGUUCUGUUGAAUGAAAACUCCCUGAAAAGUUGGAAUUUUGCUUGGUUUCCAUCUGAAACGGCUCCUCGAAAAAUCCUCUUUUUUGGCGGGGGAUAUAUCCGUUGCCGACGUUUCAGAUUUCUUCUGUGCCCAAUUUCCGUCGGAAUUGUUUGCGGUCCAUUAGAAACUCUCCUCUCGACGCGCAUCCAUAUAUACGUGUCGGAUUACGCUCUCCCUUCUCAACUUGUUCCUUUUUUUUGCCUUUAAAUGAUCAUAAAACUGAAAUGAGAGCACACAAAGUGACGAAAGGAAGCAAUUAUCCAGCAGACUGUUUAAAGUCGCAGAGGCCAAAAGAAACAUCUUCGUUUAGAGACCUGGAACGACUUUUAAGACGUCAUGAUUUCAUUUUCUAUUGAAAUAUCACAAAUCUGUAGUUAGUGCACAGGAAAUUGAAACAAAAAAGGGAUUCUCUCAAAUUAAAAUCAUGGCCAAAAGUAAUUUCUUAAUUUUUAAAGGUGCAGAAGCAUUGCAUCGACAUAAAAAGCACUAAAAACGGCUUCUCCCUUGGAGAUCCUUCAAGGACUUUUAGAUAAACUGGGGUUUCAAAAAUAAUUUGAAAAAUGAUUCUUAAAUAAUCUGCAAAGAAGAGUUCCGUGUGUGGAAAGAAUUUAACCUUUUUCUGUUCUUUAUAAUCAAGGCUUUAUUUCUGAUAAGGUAUAAAUACAUUUUUCAGCCCCAGUGACGUCACCACGUGCGGCGCGGCCGUCUUCUAA